UUAACGACAGUUAAUAUCUAAUGACAUUUUGUCAAUGGAAUUAUAAAACAAAAAAUGAGUUUAUAAAAUUUACAAAGAACAUACAAUUUAAAUUUAAUUAAAAUUAUAUAGUUUGUUUAUCUUAUUUAACUUGUAGGAUGUCUGAAUUAUCAAAUUUUAAUUCCGAACACAUUCAUGAUGAAUACAGAAAAAAUUGUGAUAAUACCGAAAAUGAAACGCGACGUAUUACAAUUUUAUACGGUAGCCAAACGGGAACAGCACAAGAUGUAGCAGAAAAAAUCUGGCGUGAGGCUAAAAGACACACCUUUCAUGCUACAGUUUUACCUUUAGAUGAUUAUCCCGUCACAAAUUUCGCGUUUGAAAAAUUUGUUGUAUUUGUGUGCUCAACCACUGGCCAAGGUGAAGAACCGGAUAAUAUGAAAACCUUCUGGAAAAUUUUACUUAGGAAGAGUUUACCUACAGACUGUUUGGCGCAUAUUUGUUUUGCAGUACUUGGUCUUGGUGACUCUAGCUACAUAAAAUUUAAUUUUGUUGCAAAACGAUUAUUUAAACGAUUGCAACAACUGGGUGCUAAAGAACUAUUACCAAUUGCUUUAGCAGAUGAUCAACAUGAAAUGGGAAUUGAUGCAACAGUUGAUCCUUUUAUUGAAAGUGUUACGAAGCAAAUUUUUAUGAUUGAACCUUUACCUAGUACGCUUGAACCUACACCAAGCAACGAUGAUUUUAUAUGCAGAUGGAAUGUUGAAGCAGUUGAUAUGAAAGUAGAGUCGAAUAAAAUAAAUAAUAUUUAUGAAAGUGGAAAUGGAAAAUCUUUUCAAGUGACUGUUAAGGAAAAUGUUCGAAUUACAAAUAAACUACAUUUUCAAGAUGUAAGACUAAUCAAGUUACAUAUGGACGAAUCAAAAAUGUAUAAUCCGGGUGACGUAUUAAUGGUACGACCAAAGAAUUUAAAAUCAACUGUUAAUGAAUUUUUUAAUUUGUUAACAUCAAACAAUGUAAAAUUAAAUCGUAAAACUAAAGUGAGAUUGACAACAAAAUAUCCAGAAAUGCCGAUACCGAAUCCACUAAGAAAAAUAUUAACAUUAGAACAAAUUUGUAAAGAUUAUUGGGAUUUAAAUGGUAUUCCACGUCGAUGGUGUUUCCAAGUGCUCACUAAAAUUACACCAAAUCAAAUGGAAAAGGAGAAGUUACAAGAAUUUACAAGCAGUGAAGGCCAACAAGAACUUUAUAAUUAUUGUAAUCGUCCAAGACGUAAUAUUCUUGAAGUGUUACAUGAUUUCCCACAUGCAUGUUCGAAAUUAACUUUAAAUGUACUAUUUGAGAUUAUGCAACCAAUAAGACAACGUGCCUUUUCAAUUGCUAGCAGUUGUAUUUCAAUAGCCAAUGAAAUUCAUUUACUUGUGGCUGUUGUCAAGUACAAAACUAAAUUAGCCAAAGAACGUUACGGACUUUGCUCAACUUGGCUUGCUAGUUUAAGUAUGGGUGAUCGCAUUUAUGUUUCAAUUAGAAAUGGUACUUUUAAUUUUCCAACAACCAAUCAUUCUAUGGAUAGUUACCAACCUGUAAUUAUGAUUGGACCUGGAACAGGAGUAGCUCCAUUUCGUGGAUAUAUUAUGGAACGAAUAGCAAUGAAAAAUGCAUCUGAUCAAUUAUUAAAAUUGUAUUUUGGAUGUCGGAAUCGAAACGGAGAUUACUUAUGUAAAGAUGAUUUCAUUGGAUAUUCAGAACAAGGAAAACUGACGAUUGUUACUGCCUUUUCAAGAGAUCAAGACCAUAAAAUUUAUGUUCAGCAUAAACUUUUGGAAAAUAAAGAAUUGAUAGCCAAUGACUUGCUUUAUAAUAAUGCUUAUGUUUUUGUCGCUGGUAAUGCAAAAAACAUGCCAAAUGAUGUACGUCAAGCGUUAAUUGAUUGUAUAGUACAAGCUAGACAAUAUGCACCAGAAGUUGCCACUAAUUUUAUUGAGAAAAUGGAAAAAACUGGAAGAUAUCAAAUAGAAACAUGGGCUUAAAAAAGUAAAAAACUAAACACACGUUUUAUUUUAAUGAAAUAAAGGAUGUUUUAUAAAACUUUUA